AUGAAGGAAGCUAAUCCAGGAUCACACACAUUUUAUGAAACUGAUAGCACUAGGAGAUUCAGAUUCCUCUUCAUCUCAUAUGAUCAGUCUAUUCGCGGUUUUUAUGCUGGUCUUCGGAAAGUUAUUGUUGUGGAUGGAAUUUUUUUGAAGAGCAAAUACAAAGGAGUAUUACUGGUUGAUACGACUUUGGAUGGAAACUCGAACCUAUAUCCUAUUGCAUUUGGAGUUGUCGACUCAGAGAAUGACCGCUCGUGGGAAUGGUUUAUGAGACAACUUAAUGUUGUCAUUGCUGAUGAUCAGAGUUUAGCUUUUGUGUCUGACAGGAAUACUUUACUUGCUAAAGCUCUUGCAAAAGUGUAUCCGCAUUCUCAUCAUGGAAUUUGCAUUCACCACUUGCUGAACAAUGUUGUUACAUAUUUCAAGGGUAAAGGUGUCGCUGGUUUGGUUGCAAAGGCUUCUAAAGCUUACCGAGUUGCUGAUUUUAAGAAGUACGAUGUCAGGACCAAUAACCCUGCUGAAUCAACAAAUUCUGCUUUGCGUUCGCCAAGAGAGUUUCCAGUUAUACCUUUGUUGGACAGCAUAAGGGAAAUGAUGACUCGAUGGUUUUUCAAACGUAGAACUUUAAGUUCUAAGCAUAAACAGCCACUGACCGUUGCUGCAGAGAAGAAGAUUGAUCGAAGGAUUGAGAAGGGUAAAAAGUUUCAGGUUUUCCCAGUUAGCGAUGAUAGGUUUUUGGUUCGAGGUGACACUUUUGAAUGUAUGGUCGACUUGGUCAGACGCACAUGUUCAUGUGGGAAAUUUGAUCUGAUGAAAAUCCCAUGCAGACACGCCAUAAAAGCAGCUUUCAGCGUAGGCAUACAAGCACACACUCUCACUGACGACAUGUACACCACUGCUUCAUGGAGAUCGAUUUAUGAGGAAAGCAUAAAUCCUAUUAGUGUCCCGGAAGAUGCAUGGAUUGUCCCAUCUCACGUACAACAAGCGAAAGUCCUUCCUCCAGAAACUAGAAGAGCUGCAGGUCGGAGAAAGAAACGUAGGUACGAGACAGUUGAAGACAAGAUCCGUUCAUCACAAGGAACUCAAAGCUCUAAACGUCGUAAAUGCAGUCGAUGUGGUAUUGAAGGUCAAAACCGGUCGACAUGUGAUAGAGCAAUAUAG